AUGUCUCAGUCCAUAGACAACUCCCCAACUGCAGUUCUUUAUCGCUUCUAUGAAGCUGAGCGUCGUUAUAUGGAAGCGGGUGGAAAAGCUGGAGGCGCAAGCUUCGACCAGUUCGCCGAGACCAUGCAUUCCGGUGUGGUCCUCCACCAAACGCCUGACCUCCCCUGGGGCGGGGAGUACAUUGGCGUGGACAGAUAUGCAGAUUGGGCGGCGCAAAUGAGCGACUGUUUCGAGAUGGUCGAUGUGAAGAAUCCAGAAUUUAUUGAGAUUGGUGAGCGGGUUGUUGUGGUGUGCACUUUGUCGACGAAAGCGAGGAAGACAGGAGAGACUUUUGAGCAUCCAAUGGUGCAGGUGAUCACAGUCAAGGAAGGCAAGAUUACGGACUUUAGACCCUUCUACUGGCACGUUCCAGAUUAUGUAGCUGCUCAGAAAGGACUCAAGACUAGCCAAGCCCUGGGAUAG